AUGUCCGCAUCCAGCUCGUGCAGCACCUCUUCACUCGAUUCAUCGCAGAGCUCAGACGCCGCCUCACGCGCACCUCAUCGGACCAAUGAGCCCAACUUGUCAUCGGGCACUUCGCACCUUCGCAAGCGAAUCCUCUCCUCAGUUCCCGCGCUGCUUCUCGAGCUGUACAAGCCAGCGUUCGAAGCCGACGAGACUACAAUUUGUGCCACGCGCAAGGAUAUCGACGAGCUCAGCGACAAAGGCUCUCUGAGUACGAUAUCGCGCAAUCUUCGGUCAAUCGAGACUUGUUCCUUGCGAAGGCUAGGGGACUCAUCGAGAUACGACGAUCUCAUGGAGCGUAAAAGAGCUCUUCGCGCAGACUUCAGCCAGAAGCUGGACGUCGAAACGAUUCGAUUCAGCACUGAGAUCGAGGAGCUAGCUCAGAGACAUGUCAAAGAUGCUCAAUCGAUCGAGAAGCGUCUCACGCAGGAAGCGAAGCCAUCCAAGAACGAUUAUGCCUAUCGUCAGCAGCUCAUGUCUCUCCUGCAGCUCUGA